AUGUUCGAACAAAUUAAGGGGACGCCGAUGGGAUCGCCUCUCUCCGGCUUCAUCGCUGAGGCAGUUCUGCAAAAACUAGAGAGCCUGGUUUUCACCACCCACAGGCCAAAGUUUUGGACUCGGUACGUGGACGACACCUUCGUCAUCAUCAAGCGAGAAAUGAUCGAGGAAUUUCACAUCGUCCUGAAUUCCGUCUUUCCUGACAUCCAAUUCACGAUGGAGGCGGAAAACAUCAACCAGCUGCCAUUUCUGGACGUUCUUGUCCAUCGAAAGCCCAACGGGCACAUAAAAACGACGGUGUACAGGAAGGCUACCAACACACGCCAAAUCCUAAACUAUCACAGUAAACACCCGUUAUGUCACAAACGCAGUUGUGUGCGAACUCUCUACAGUAGAGCAGAAACACACUGCAGCGAACCGGAUGACAGAAGGACAGAACUCCGCUAUCUUCAGCGCCUUUUCAUGGCCAACGGAUAUCCCCGUAACUUCAUCGAGCGCAGCAGGCAGUCUAAACCAGGCCAAAAUCGGGUGACAGAACAGCCAAAAGUCUGGCGUGCAUUGCCAUACAUCGACGGCGUCUCUGAGGCAGUUUCCCGCCUCCUAAGGCCCUUGGGGAUCGGGAUCGCUCAUCGACCAGACUCAACCAUUCGGCAUUUGGUUAUGAGACCGAAGGCCCCCCUGCCACGAGGUGAGACGACAAACGUCAUCUACCGGGUCCAGUGUAACUCUUGCCAAGCAAACUACGUCGGAGAGACAGGCAAACGGUUACAAACUCGCGUUAACGAACACAUGCGGGCAGUGAGGAGAAUGGACCCAUUGUCUCUGGUGGCGGAACACUGCGCGGACUCUGGACACACUUUUGCCUUCCAGAACGCCAAAAUUCUGGGUCGAGGCAACGACCGCGUAGCCAGGGAAACGAUCGAGGCCUGGCACACGGAAACAACCUCAAUAAACCGUUGCGUCGCCCUCCCGACAGCAUACCAAGCCCUCCGGACGCAGCUCAACGAACUAAAGGGCAAGCGCGAGGUCAGGCCGGACGUGGAUCUAAACACGGGAGAGCCUACGACGGACCUACACGUAGACACACCGCAAAUCGGGCCCGACGAAGGCGCAGUCAUCAAUACUGUUGCCUCAACUACUACUCCGGCCGAAGGGGAGAAACGCGAUCAGAGGGAUGCAAUCAAGACUAGCAACCCAGCACGACAAUUAAGGUCAACGCGAAUGCGGGCGAUGGCCACCAACGUUCAAAUGCCGCCCCCCGACGAGAGACAGGCAGAUUGA